CAACCGGCCAGUGUAUGCUUCUUGCAACACCUCCGUCAGAUUCGCACCCCUUUCUCUCUGAUGACUGAUUAGAUGACACAUCUCUCUCUCUCUCUGUCAUAAAAGCUUCACAGUUUAGAGAGAGAAACUAUACUUUGUCUCUCUUGUUCCACUUGUUUCUAUGAUCCUCUCUUCUUCUAUAUGAAUACUACUCUGCUCUGAAAUCCAAGCUUUUCUUUUCCAUACUAUCUAUGUGAUUGAUAUUUAUCAAGUUUCCCAUCAGUCCUUCAUAGUCUUAUUUUUGGCUUUUGUUCCUAUUAAAUUUUGCUGCUUUGUUCUUCAAGGUGAAUCUAAUCUUCUCACUGUGUCCUGGGUUUCCAAUUUGAUUCUCUUUUGCGGCAAUUUUGAGUCACACAGACUGGGUUUUCUUCUCUUCAAGGAGAAUCCUUAUGUCCUGUUUGCUUGUUGAGGAGUAUCUGUCAUUUAGAAGGUGGAAAUAUGGGGGCCGCAGGCUCUAAAAUAGAAGAGGAUAAGGCCCUGCAGUUAUGUCGUGAAAGGAAGAAGUAUGUUCGUCAGGCACUUGAUGGGAGAUGCUCACUGGCUGCUGCUCAUGUUGCAUAUAUUGAGACACUAAAAAGUUCAGGAACUGCUCUUAGGAAGUUUGUUGAGUUUGAAGCUCCAGUUGAGUCUUCCCUUUACACUUCAACUAAUGCUACGCCAGAGCCCCUUGCUUUAACUGAGAAGUCUCUUUCCCAGUUCUCAUACUCUUCUCCAUCUUUCUCACAGCGUGUAGAUGCUGCUGAAACCUUUUCUCCAACACCUUCUCCUUCCACUUCCAGUCAUUUUCAGGCAAACCAUAUGAAAUUUGGAGUUAUGUCUUCAAAAAUAGUUGAAGAGAAACCCCCUCUACCUGAUAUCAGAUCGGUAACCUCAUCUAGUACUCCACAAAAUAUCACACCUCGUUCCUCUGAAAAACCAGAAUCAUCACCAUUUGAAGCUUCUUCUUUGCCGCCAGGAACUCCACAGUGGGAUUUCUUUGGUCUUUGGCAUCCUAUUGACAAUCAAUUGUCAUUCCAAGAUGGGAAGGAAUUGAACCAAGGGUCAGGAACUGUUGAUGAUUUAAGACGGCUUCGGGAGGAGGAGGGAAUUCCUGAGCUGGAAGAUGAAGAGGGGGCUUCUUGUCGUGAAAAAGAAGAAACUCAGGGUUCAGAAGAUGAAUUUGAUGAUGAGCCUCCUGCAGAUACUCUAGUUCGAAGUUUUGAAAAUCUGAAUAGGGUAAAUGACCAUAAACUAUCCAAUGCUUCAUUGGCUAUCCCUUCUAUGGGUGGUGUAGCAUCAGAAACUGACUUCCUCAAGGGGGAAAAGAGCAACUCUCCUGAUUUGUCACCUUUAGGAGGUACACCCUCCACUGUUUCUGUCCCAACUGAAAUAAAGAGAACACUUGUCAAAGAAGAUGGUUCUGAAAACAAGGUUGCUUCUAAAGACUUCCUUUCUGUCAUGAAAGAUAUUGAGUUCCUCUUUAUAAAAGCUUCUGACUCUGGGAAAGAAGUUCCAAGGAUGCUUGAAGCAAAUAAGUUGCAUUUCCGUCCUAUUUUUCCAGGAAAACAAGGUGGAUUGAGGACAUCCACGUUUUUCAAGGCCUGUUUCUCGUGCGGAGAAGAUCCAAGCCAAGUUAAAGAAGAGCCUCCUCAAACUGCUGUAAAGUACUUGACUUGGCAUAGGACAACAUCAUCUCGAUCAUCUUCAUCUGGGAAUCCUCAGGGAUUAAAUUUAAAGGAUGACGCUGAGGACCUUAACAACAAUUUUUUCUAUAAUACCUGCAUGAUUUCAGGCAGUCAUGCCUCGACCUUGGAUAGACUAUAUGCAUGGGAGAGGAAGCUUUAUGAUGAAGUAAAGGCCAGUGAGAUAGUCCGAAAUGAGUAUGACUUGAAGUGUAAAAUCUUAAGACAGCUGGAGUCCAAGGGAGAGAGUUCAAACAAAAUUGACAAGACUCGAGCUGUUGUCAAGGAUUUGCACUCAAGAAUUAGAGUUGCAAUCCACAGGAUUCACUCGAUAUCGAAAAGGAUUGAGGAUUUACGGGACAAUGAGCUGCAGCCUCAACUUGAGGAGUUGAUUGAAGGGUUGAGUCGAAUGUGGGAAGUAAUGUUUGAAUGUCACAGGCGUCAGUUUCAAAUUAUCUCUGUAGCAUACAAGACUGGCAACAUGAAAAUCUCUGUGCUGUCUGAAUCACAUCGGCAGAUCACCGCUCAUCUUGAAGUUGAACUAAGCAUGCUGUCUUCAAGUUUUACAAAGUGGAUUGGUGCCCAGAAAGCUUAUCUGAAAGCCAUAAACAGUUGGCUUGGGAAAUGUGUUUCUAUUCAACAAAAACCUUUCAAGAAAUCUAAGAGGUUAAACUUUGAAAUCCAAUUUUUGAGAAAAUUUGGCCCUCCAAUAUAUGUAACAUGUGGUGCUUGGUUUGACAAGCUUGAUGCGUUGGAGCCUACUAUAAAGGAUGUCUCAGAGUCCAUUAAACGUUUGGCAGCUGAUACAUCUGGGUUUUUACCACACCAUGAAAACAAUGAGGGGAAGGAUGCUAAUCAUCCGUAUUCAGCAUCUGGGAAGGAUGACAACAGUGAUUCUGCAAUUAAUAUGUCAAGAAAUGAUGCUUUGAAAGAGAGGAUGUCAGUAUCCCGGAAGGAUGACGACAUCAAUGAAUCUGAAUAUAACAUGUUAAGAAAUAAUGCUUUGAAGGAUUCUUUUGGGACAAGCUUAGUUUUCUUUCUUGGUCAAUUGAAGGCUUUCGCGGAAGCAUCUGUGAGGAUGUAUUCAGAACUUGACGAGGAAAUUCAAGAAGCUAAGCAUAGUUAUGAUUUGUCCGUCCAAGGAGCAGAGAACGGCAGUGAAGAAAAUAAUGAUCAGAGCAACAAUCAAAGCAACAACCAUUCCAAGGAUCAAUCGAAGUCACAGGCGUAAACUUACUACUUGGAAAAGAGUUGGGCUGCAGAAGACGGACACAAGGUUUCCAAGCAUUCAUGGCAACCGUGUUUAAGAAAAAGGAAGCAUCUCACAUAGCAUGCAGCAUUUUUAUAUUGAAUAUAGGAAUAAAAGGGUAUUUGGUAGAAACCCUUCCUGUUACAUUCAGUAACUCAAUAAAGACGCUCUGCUUUUGUAAAAUGGAUGUCAUAAGGGGUGAUUUGUAGGCCAAAGCUGUAACAUAGAGGUAUGAAACAAAACUUGUAUAGUCUUUUUUGUUACUUUUUUCCCCCCAAUACUGAGCAUAGGAAACCAAGAUAAACUUUUCAUCCCUAACAUUCUCAUUCUGGUUAUUUCAAUGGAUGAAAUUGUUAUUUAA